AUGAUGAAGGACGGAAAUGUUUUCCGGGUGGUUCAGUCCAACUGCUGGAAUCCUGAAGUGAGAUUAAAAGAGAUGGAUCAGUCAGGAGUAACAGUGCAGGCUCUCUCCACAGUGCCGGUAAUGUUCAGUUAUUGGGCCAAGCCCCAGGACACCCUGGAUCUGUCUCGGUUCCUCAAUGAUGACUUGGCGGCUGUGGUUCAGAAGUAUCCAAAGAGAUUUGUGGGUCUGGGUACACUCCCUAUGCAGAGUCCUGAGCUGGCAGUACAGGAGAUGCAUCGCUGUGUAAAAGAACUGGGGUUCCCUGGGGUACAGAUUGGAUCCCAUGUUAAUCAGUGGGACCUGAAUUCACCUGAACUGUAUCCAAUUUAUGCGGCAGCUGAAGACUUAAACUGCUCCAUAUUUGUGCACCCAUGGGACAUGGCAACCAGUGGCAGGAUGGAAAAGUACUGGCUUCCCUGGCUGGUGGGCAUGCCAGCGGAAACAACCAUCGCCAUUUGCAGUAUGAUUAUGGGUGGAAUAUUCGAAAAGUUCCCCAAACUUAAGGUUUGCUUUGCUCAUGGAGGUGGAGCCUUCCCCUUCACUGUAGGUCGCAUUACCCAUGGUUUCAACGUGCGUCCUGAUCUCUGUGCUGUUCACAAUAAUGAACCCCCCCAGAAAUACCUUGGAUCUUUCUACACAGACUCCCUGGUACAUGACCCCGGAGCCCUAAAACUCCUGAUAGAUGUGGUUGGGAAGGAAAAAGUGAUGUUAGGAACUGAUUAUCCUUUUCCAUUGGGAGAGCAUAAUCCUGGACACCUUAUUGAAUCAAUGGAAAAUUUUGACUUGAAUUUAAAAGACAAGCUCUUGGCUUCCAAUGCAUUGUCAUUCCUGGGACUGGACAGAAUAAACUUUGAGUGA